AUGAAACCGACGGUCAAUUACUCGUUGUAUUUAGUAACAAGCUCUACGCAAAUAGCUCCAGGAUCCAGCUUGGAGCAACAAGUAGAACAAGGAAUUAUCGGAGGAGUUACUAUAGUUCAACUCCGCGAAAAAGAUAUAUCUACAAAACUGUUUUUGGAAAGAGCGAAAAAUGUCUUGAAAAUUUGUCGAAAAUAUGGUGUGCCAUUACUGAUCAACGAUCGAGUUGACAUUGCAUUAGCCAUUGGUGCUGAGGGAGUUCAUAUAGGACAAGAUGAUAUGGACUGCAAAACAGCUCGCAAAAUUCUAGGAGAUGAUUCGAUCAUUGGUGUCUCUACGAACAAUAUUCACGAAGUUGACUGUGCAGCUGCUGAUGGUGCUGAUUAUGUUGGAAUUGGUUCUAUUUACGAUACAAAUACGAAGAAUGUUAAAGAGCGGAUUAUCGGUAUUACAGGUCUUCGCAACAUUUUGCAACACAUGUCAAAGAUGCCCCGUCAGCUGAAUUCAGUUGCCAUUGCUGGUUUAAAUGAAACUAAUAUUCAGAGAGUAAUUUACCUGAGCGAGGUUGAUGGAAAGCGCAUUGAUGGUAUUGCUUUAGUUUCUGCUAUUAUGUCUUCAACAACACCCUGUGAAACUGCCAGAAACCUUCUUAAUUUAAUUAAAUCCCCUCCUUGCUUCGCUCAGGUCCAUUCUAGUAUUUCAUCGGUCUCAGAGUUAGUUAGUCGAGUGGGUCCCUUAUUUGCAAAAACCAGGGACUAUACUCCUUUAAUUCAUCACCUAACGAAUGGUGUUGCUAAAAAUUUUUCUGCAAAUGUGACGUUAGCUGUCAAUGCUUCUCCGACUAUGGGAGAAAGUAGAGAAGAAGUUGCUGAUUUUGCUAAAUUCGCUGGUUCACUUGUUUUGAAUAUUGGCACUUUGCAGGAUCGAGCGUCCCUUACGUAUGCUUCUCAAAUCUAUAAUUCCUUGAACCGACCUAUUAUUUUGGACCCAGUAGGUAUUGGUGCAACAGCGUUUCGCACCGAUGCAGUUUCAGCAUUAUUAAAUAAUGCAUAUUUUGAUAUAAUCAAAGGUAACGAAGGCGAGAUAAUGACUAUCGCCGGUGAAAAGAGCCUCAUGAGAGGGGUCGAUAGUAUAUCUCAACAUGAUAUUAGUUCAAGAAUUUUGGCGGUAAAGCAAUUAGCUUCAAAUCGGCGCUGUGUGGUCUGCAUGUCUGGAGAGACGGAUAUCAUUAGUGAUGGAAGGAGCACUUAUAUUAUAAGAAACGGAACUCCUUUACUGGGAAAAAUAACUGCUUCAGGCUGUUCCCUUGGAAGUGUAAUGGGCGUUGCAGUUUCUCUAUGUCCGGAAGAUAAAUUGCUUGCCGCAUUAUCUGCGACAUUGCUUUAUAAUAUUGCUGGAGAAAUGGCAGUUAUUGACGAAAAUUCUAUAGGUCCUAAAACUGUACAAGGUCCUGGAACCUUCGUGCCUGUCUUUAUCGACAAAUUGCAUUUCCUUGUCAAUCAAUGCACGGAGGGUAACUACAGUUGGAUGGACUGUGCUCGAAUUGAAAAACUCUAG